AUGCAUUUUAAAAAGCUUUUGCUAGUUUUCGCUUUAAGUCACUAUUUGGAUGUGCAGGUGACGGGUUUCUCGCUGCAUGAUUGUCAGGUGCACGGUUCUUUGCUUGUCGGCACGAAUCUAAAAGUACUGUGUUACAAGAUGAAGUUGGACAAAAUCCCAGGAUACAUUCCGAAAAAUACAGAAAACCUGGACUUAUCUGACAACAGAAUCGCGAGGCUAGAGAAAACCAGCUUCGACCAUUUGACUCAAUUGCAAGUAUUGAACAUUUCAAAGAACAAUGUCAGCGAUAUUGCAGAGGAGACUUUUGCAUCUAUCAAAAAUCUACUGUUUUUGAACCUUGGUUAUAAUAAGCUGACUAUAUUAACCCGGAGCAUGCUGGAUGGCUUGGGAAAGCUCAGCACUCUCUUAUUAAACGACAACCUAAUUGAGCGGGUUGAUGUUGAUGCGUUUGCUGGCUUGCUAAACGUAAGGACGAUCAAUUUAACCUCCAACAAGUUGCAUCGAUUGGCGGAUGUGAAUCAUAUAUUUAACGCUGUUGCUGUGGAAAAGCUGCAGUUACAGAACAAUGGUCUACUCAGUUUCGCCACGCAGAAUAUUACUCGUGUGCCAGAAACCCUGAAGGACCUGGAUCUGUCAAAAAAUCCUUUCGUGGUAUUUAACAUAACUUCAUCAGUCCUCGGCAACCUCCUCUCUCUGGAUCUUUCGUCUGCGGGAGGCAAUGAGUCGAUCGUAUUCCACGUUGAAGAUGCAAUGUUUUUUAAAAAAAUGAAAAAGUUAGCUCUCGGGGGGAUUCGCGAGCAACCAUCUAAGAUACUUGCGCUUCUGACAAACAUAACAGGUGCGCCACUUGAAUACAUUGAACUAAAUGACUUACAACUGAAGACCACUGAUCCCCUCCUGCUGAAAAUCUGUAAAUUGUAUCAGAAUUUAACAGCUUUACAUCUGAGAGGAAAUGGUUUCGGUGCUUUAAACGACACCGUGUUUUCCUCGUGCGUUAAUUUACAGGACUUGGAUUUAACAAUGAAUAAAUUAAGCUCGACUUCACCUUCUUUAUUCAAGGGAUUAAUUUCUUUAAGGAGGCUGUCCCUCGCUAGCAACAAAUUUACUUUGGUUCCGAAAGCAAUUUUGGAUGCCAACAAUCUAGAAAAUCUGGAUCUCAGUUUCAAUCAAAUUAACCGUAUUAACCCUCAAGAUUUCAAUACUCUCGUCAAACUGAAACGGUUGUCUCUCGCUGGAAAUAAACUCACUAAAAUUGGCUCACUUUCAUUUUCUGGUCUUUUUCAAUUAAGGGAACUAGAGCUAGGAAACAAUUAUUUGUUCGCAAUAGCCAACUUCUCUUCAGAUCUGAAGAGUCUGAACUUUCUUAAUCUCAGGUGUAACAAACUGAGCUCUAUUGAGGUGCACACGUUCAUUUAUUUGCAGAACUUACAUUACCUUAACUUGAUCGACAAUCAGAUUUCCAGCCUGAAGAACGGGAGUUUUCAAGGGCUGUCGAAUUUAACACAUUUGCUGUUGGGAUCCAACAAACUUACGGCCGAUAUUCUGAGACUCGAUGUGUUUUCAGGAGUUGAAUCCUUGGCGGAUCUUCAACUAUUUGAUAACCAUCUCUUCUACCCGUCUUCGCAGAGGCUUGACAAACCUCCGUUCACUUCUCUCAGGUCCUUGCAUCAUCUCGCGGUGAACAGCCAGGCUGGGAACGGUCUCCAGAACAUUCCUUCAAAUUUUUUCGAUGGUUUAUAUUCUUUGAAAGAACUCCAUGCAGGAAAUACUGCUCUUCGUUAUAUUAGUCCUAGUGUCUUUCGCUAUGUGCCGAAUAUUUCUUACGUGGACAUAGGCAACAAUCCCUUCCAAUCCAUUAGUCCCAAUCUGUUUCAGCAUUUGCCUGCCCUGAGUGAACUUCAUCUCAACAAAGUUGGCCUUGAAAAUCUAGAUCUUCUGAUGUAUUCAAAACUGAACAAAUUGAAUCUUCUGAGAGCUGCGGGUAACCGAAUUGGCCUGGUAAACAGAACACAUUUAGAAGCUGUACCUUCACUGACGUUUUUGGAUCUUCGGGAUAACCCAUUUCUGUGCGCAUGUGACAAUUCUUGGUUUCUAAAUUGGUCACUUUUGGACAAUAAGACCCAAGUGAUAUACUUUGAUCACUUCACAUGUGCUUACCCACCUAAUCUCAAGGGGAAGAAAUUAAUUGGUUUUAAUUCCGCUUCUUGUCUUGUACAUUAUGGAUUUGUUCUUUAUGUUUCAUCGUUUUCAGUUAUAAUAAUGACAAUAAUGGUAAGUUUUACCUAUCACUUUUGGAGGUGGCACAUUGUGUAUGCCUACUACCUAUUCUUAGCAUUCAUUUCUGACAAAAAGCACAAGGGACGACAGGAUGGAAGAUAUAUGUAUGAUGCCUUUGUUUCAUAUAACACCCAUGAUGAACAAUGGGUAUUAAACCAACUGUUGCCAAAUCUGGAAGGCGAUAAUGAAUGUAAGUUAUGUCUCCACCAUCGCGAUUUCGAACCUGGGAAAGCAAUCAUUGAUAAUAUUGUGGACAGCAUUUAUAUGAGUAGGAAAACAAUUUGUGUAAUAAGUCACAAAUAUUUAGAGAGUGAAUGGUGUUCGAAAGAAAUUCAGGUGGCGAGCUUUCGGCUUUUUGAUGAGCAGAAAGAUGUACUGAUCUUGGUCUUUUUGGAGGAUAUACAGUCGCAUCAACUCUCCCCUUAUCACAGAAUGAGGAAAAUUGUGAAAAAAACAACAUAUUUGCAGUGGACUCAACAACCCGAAGAGGCUGCUCUGUUUUGGCAUAAACUUCGUGUAGCAUUGAAUGCAAGUAAUAGAGAAGAAGCAAAAGGCCAUAUCCUUGCAGGGCUUGAUGCAGAUUCAAUGUCAGUCACCACCGAACAUCUACUUUCUGCAGAUGUUUAAUUCUCCAACUAAAACAACUUGCACUUAGUAUUUCUUUUUAAUUGCAUUUUCUUGGCUAAAGUCGACCAGCCUCCUUUGGUCAAAAUCCUAGAACUCCCAAUUGUAAUUUUACAUUUCAUUGCAUGUAAAAUGGUGAAUGAUUGAAUGGCGGAGUAGAUUUGAUGGGCCGAAUGGUCUAAUUCUGCUCCUAUCACAUCAUGAUUCUGGGCUGGCCUCUCAACUUCCAGCUUUUGAAUAUUAUUCAAAACAAAUUUUGGACAAAAUAUAUUGUCCUUUCUUGAGAUGCCUGAGGUAUUGUGUACUAUUACAGGAUUUUACUUAAACGCUUUGCACAUAUUUAGUUAGAUUAAAUUGUAUAUAAAUGGAUGUUUACUCCGGUUCCUCUUUUUUGAAUAAUGUCUUCCAAUAAGAUGAUCCCAAUUCCGAUUCAAGUUUAUCCAGAUCCAAGGUUUAAUUUAACAUCAAUGACUUAGAUUCUAAAAUUCAGCAUAGUUUACCCAAGGAAGGCCAUUUAAAUGGUGUAAACAGAGUUAAGUAAUACACAGACCAAUUAAUAUUAUAUCUGACUCUAGCCAUUGUGAAUAGAUGUACAAAUGAAAGGGAAAUGGUGAUAGGCAACUUCAUGAACUGCUUUGAAUUUACUACCAUGGUAAUUAUGUUGGUUUUACCGGUUCCUGUGUAAGAAAAAUGAUUGUAUCAUGAAAUGUCAGUCCCCUACAAAAAUGCUUAAGUUUAAUGGUGAUCUGUUACACAUUUACAAUGGUCCUCAAAACAAAAAUUAGUCAUGAGCCCCCACUCAACAAAUUGCAUCAAAUUUGAGCAAGCUAUUCUUUGGUUGUCUGAACAGUUACACAUGAACUGAAGGAGGAUGUGCUUUUACGUACGAGUCAAUGCAAGAUUAAUAAUGGAUUGUUACUCAACCUCAAGAAUUAGGCCAUAGGAAUACAACUCUGGUUGAGAGCAACAAUGAAGGCUUUCUGUCUUUAAAGUAAGGAAAAUAUAAAGCUCUAAAUCUCAACUUACAGCUUCAAAGGCAGAAGGAACUGUGACAUGUGGAACUGUUAGUCUGUAACUUGGUCUUUACCAUCAGCACCCCUCAAAAAUUCUCUGUUCUCUAUCAUCUGACAAACAUACAGAAUGUUUAUACCUUAAAAAAAUAUCCCAAUAAACAUAAAUUAAAACUAGUACUUACAUUUUCAGAAAUUGCCAUUCAAAAUUGCAGCCUCAGCUAAAGUAUGGAGAUAAUUGGAAAUUCAUUCAUUUUUAAGCCAUAUUGAUGCUUCAUCUAAGGCAUUUUGGUGCAAUAUCAAUAUGUGCUGAAAUCAACACCAAUUACUAACACCAAUAAUUCUACAGUUUUCACCGGUUUUUAUAAAUUACCAAAAUCAAAUGUUAACACAAAUGUUCAAUCACACUGUCAAUAUACUGAACAAUAGAACCAUCCAAUUUUCCUUCAAUUAUGUUAUUGCAAAAGAGCUUAAGUAUAAAACAGCAUUCCCCAUUAAAAAUACACCAAUGAACUUUCUUGCCUUUUAUGGACUUAGUUUACAUGUAAUUAUGGAAUAGAUAUCAGCAUAAGAUCAGUAUCAGCAGAGGGAGAUGUAGAGCUGCCAGUUUCAAAUGAUCUUGACAAUUUCAUAUUGGUUUUUGACUACAAAAAACUCAGUACGUCUGGUUAAUAGAUCUGCAUAAAGCACCGCACACUGCCAUUUGAACAUUGGUUAAUAUUUAAUGUCAGUAUAUUACUAUAUCUAGACAGAUUGGCUUUGCACGAGCUGCAGCUGGAUUGUGGUUACUGUAAAGUUAAAGAAGUUGGAACAUAUCUUGCUCCACUUGUCUACAUGUGUUUCAAUUAACUUUGCACUCAAGUUACAUUAUAUCUUUAUAAUCAGUGCAAAACCGAAAGCACAAACUGUGUGGCACAAUUGGUUCAUUAUUCUUGUAGAGAUACCCACAUUGAAUAUGUCAGUCAAUGUGGAUAAAGUGAUUUUUUUUUUUUGUCUU